AUGGCGGCGGUGCAGCAGAAAGUAGCAGACGUAGUCCAGCAGUAUAGGCCGGCCAAGCAAUUCAAGGGCACGAAGCGGUCAGAUGGAAGCAGCACGCAUGUCACGUCGCUCGACUUUGAUGAUGCUGGCGAGUUUCUUGUUGCUGCUGCAGAUGAUGAGCAAAUGACCAUUUUCGACGUCAAGGAAGGAAAGCAGACCAAGAGCAUCCCCAGCAAGAAGUAUGGCGUGCAUCUUGCAAAGUUCACACAUCACCCUAGGCAGGUCCUCUUCGCCAGCACCAAGCAGGAAAAUUCGCUGCGAUUGCUCGAGCUCCACAAUGAGAGUUUCGUGCGAUACUUCACUGCCCACAGUUCUCAAGUCACAUGUCUCGCCCUGUCGCCUGCCAACGAUCAAUUCAUAUCGUGCGGGAACGACGAUCUGGUAUGCUUAUGGGACUUGAACUCGAGAAGUCCGCAAGGCAAGCUGAAACUGGUUACACCUUACCUGGCAGCCUUCGAUCCAGCCGCGGCAGUAAUGGCUAUAGCCUCACAGUCUACCUCAUCCAUACUCAUGUACGACGUUCGGAACUUCGACAAGGCGCCAUUCGCUACAUUUUACCUCGACGACCUAGAAGACAGCUACACCCCGACCACGAAGGGUAGAGCCUGGACCAAGUUGGAGUUCUCGAAUGAUGGCAAGAGCCUGCUUGUUGGGACGGAUUAUCAUGGUCACUUUGUGCUGGACUCAUUUCAGGGUACUCUCAAAUCAUUCUUGGUGGGCAAGACCCAUGGUACAGGACGAGCAGCGCCAGUCUCGACGUCAGGCAAGCCUCUAGGUCAAGGCGAUGCGUGCUUCACGCAAGAUGGUCGGUUUGUCAUUGGCGGAACAGGUGAUUCUUCAGAUCUGCUAGUAUGGGAUUUGCAACAGGCGACCGAGGGGAGCCAAGAGCCGACUGCGAGACUUCCAAGCAAUGGUGUCAAGAGUGCGGUCGUACAGGUCAAUCCUCGGUUCAACAUGAUGGCAACUGCUGAUACUAGAGUCUGCAUGUGGCGUCCACAGGAUCAGAUCUGA